ACCAUAAAUGUAAAAGUGGGGCUACUUUAAACCUGAGACGAAGUGGCUUUUCGUGAAACGCCCUUGGUUUCUUGUAAAGAGAAACUAGGCUAAGCUGGGAAAACAAGUUUUACUUUCGCUUUUUUAUAUGUAACGACGUACUUAGUCUUCGCCGUCGUUUUUCAGGCGCAUUUUGCUUCCUCCAUAAAUCAGGGAUCUCUGCUGUUUUUGGCUUGAGGCAAAUUAGCAACAAUGACUUCCACAGAAUGUAUUCCACUCACUGUAGAGUCAACUAAGAUUCUGGAAAAAAGUCAUCUUGCCUUUUGCAACACUGUAAAUGGAAAAUUUGGUUGUACAGCUGUGUUCCGCAAUGUGGAUUUUACCACUGCUUCAUCCAUUGGCAGCAGCAAAGGAACAGUCAUACCUGAAAUUAAGUACUCAAAACAGCUGCCUGGAGGCCUGAAGAUAUCUGUGUGGAAGGAUGAUCUCACAACUCACAAAGCGGAUGCUGUGGUCAAUGCAGCCAAUGAGCAGUUAAGUCAUGGAGGAGGACUUGCAGAAGCUCUGUGCCGAGCCGGAGGUCCUCAAAUUCAACAGCAGAGUGACCAAAUCAUAAAAGUGCGGGGACGUGUUGCUACAGGUGAAGCUGUUGUCACCCCAGCUGGAAAUCUCCCUUGUAAAUACAUCAUACAUGCGGUUGGCCCCCAUGUGCCCCCAAAUCCAUCGAAGAGGGACAUUGCUGCAGCCGCGCCCUUGCUGGAAAAAGCUAUGUGGAGCAUCCUUCAAUGCACUCAGUUUCACAACUUACAGUCUGUUGCAAUCCCUGCAAUUAGCUCUGGCCUUUUCAAUUUUCCACGGCACAUCUGCGCAGACAUCAUUGUAAGAGCUGUGAGGUCCUUUAGUGAUGUGAGAAACGCGCAAGGCAUGAACCUAGAGGUCCGUUUAGUGAAUAAUGAUGAUCCUUCAGUUCAAGAGAUGCUAAGAGCUUGCAAGGAAAUUCUGGGGGCGUCUGACCCCCAAAGUGGGGCAAUGCAAAUCCAAAGCACCUCAUCAGCCACGUCAAUAUGGCCCCGUCUGGAGCUGGGAAACGUGACUCUCUUCCUCAAAAAGGGCCCCAUUGAGGCAGAGGCAACAGAUGUCAUUGUGAACACAAUAUCGAAUGAUCUCGACUUAUCAAAAGGCUUCGUUUCCAAAGCAAUAUUGGAAAAAGCUGGAUGGAAAAUUCAAGAUGAAAUAGGAAGGCCAGGGUGGAGGACUAUUCCUGAUGGCUCCAUUACUGAAACUAAUGCCUAUAAACUGGAUUGUAAGGCAGUAUACCACACUGUCUGUGCUGUGAAGGGUUCCAUUUCCUCAAUUCAAAAAGUGGUCACACGUUGCCUUGGAAAGGCUAAGGGUAAAAGCUUUUCGUCCAUAUCUUUUCCCGCUCUCGGCACUGGCCACCUUGGAUUUCAGAAAGAAGACGUUGCUCAAGUAAUGAUCAGUGCAGUAGUGGAAUUUGCCAGGGAACAUAAAGGGAAGAAAAUGGAUGUGUAUUUUGUCAUUUUUCCAAAGGACACUGAAAUAUUCAAGGCAUUUGAAAAGAAAAUUGAUUUCAUUAAGAAAACCCAGAGCAGGACCACUGGCCAAACGACAGGUUCAGUGUUUUAUAAUACUGAGGAAGCCAGUGGAACGCCUGUCAUUGACCUGUUCUCCAGCUCUUGUGAGGCAUUAAGAGAGGCAAAAGCAUGGGCAUGGAGAAUACUGCAUAUAUCUUCUGGUGAUAUCACAAUAAAUAAUAACCAUGUCAUCCAGUUUGGCCAGGAGGACCAUGGAAAACUGAUGUCCCUUCAAACCAAAUUUAAUGUACUCAUCACAGUGUUCUUCAGGGAUGGCAAAUGUGGCAUUACCAUCAAUGGUGAACCCACAGAUGUCAGUUCUGCAGCAUUGGAGGUGGAAGUCAUGCUUCUGAAGGCCCAAGAGCACUUCGCUAAGGCUGAGGAAAAUGACCUGCUGCACUCUGUGGUCUACUGGCAGGCUUUCCCUGGCUCAGAAGAACCAGAGAUCAACGCUGCUUUGGAGAAAGCUUACCUUUCGGGUGUUGACAAUGAGAUUUUUUCAGUGAAUGGCAAAGAAGUCAAGAUUGAUUUCAGGCAUUUGCAGAUGGAGAACGAAAAUGGAGGGGCAAAGAUUGAUAGGAUCAGUAUUUUCAGUCUCUAUUCCACGUUGCCCAAGUUGAAAAGCAAGUCAUAUUAUGCAAGGACCCCCAUUGAAGAGAAGAGCUUUACAGAAGCAGAAAGAAAGAGAAAAUUUGAAAAAUGUGGCCUGAACGUUGUGAAGGUGGAGAAAAUAGAAAACAACGCCCUAAAGCAGGUAUUCGAGUUGAACGAGAAGCGAGUGCCAGGUAAAUCCAAGCUGCUGUACCAGCGUGUGACAGCACAGUUCUGUGAGCUGAUCUGCAGGGUGGGCUUCCAGAGAGAGUAUGCGCCACCGGCAGAGCAAAAGUAUGGAGCUGGAAUAUACUUCACUACAGAAGUGGAAAAUGCUCUAAAGUUGUGGAAGGACUAUGAAGAAGAGUAUAUCUACAUCAUUGAGGCUCAAGUGCUCACUGGCCAGAGCACAGCUGGGUCACCACAAUUGAUUGUGCCCCCUCCUACUAAAGCCGACCCUCUCGUCCUUUAUGACAGUGUGACCUGUGCUAAGAAAGACACCUAUGUCAUCUUCAAUGGCCAACAGGCCUUACCAGAAUUUCUUAUCACAUGCAAAAACCCAACAACCUCUGUUUAGCUGAAUGUUUACUGCAUUUGCCACAAGUCAUUGUGAAGUAAUGACAGAAUGUGCACAUGUGCGUACAUAGCCCAGCCUAUUGAAACAUGAAGACAGGUUGCAUAAGUCACAUAUAAAUCAUAGCAUAUUUAUGAUAGAAGCAAAAAAUAUAUAUCAUCCAGUUGCUGUUAUGUUAGGUCCACGUCAAUAUUUAAAAAAUAAGGCUUACUAAUUUCAAUGCUACCAGUAAAUCUGUUUCUGUAAACCCAGAAAAUGGAUGAAAAAGCAAGUCAAGCUUAUUAUUUUACAAAAUGAUUUAUUUUGGUUAUCUUAGCCACAGAACCUCUGCUACAAUGUGGAGAAAAAAUAGAAAAAGUUAAACUACACACUACAAAACCAUUUAAAACAGAAAUCAUUUGUUGUGUGUGUACAUGUUACCAGGCAGACAUUACUAAUGGCAGAUCCUCUUUGGGUUGCUCUGAACAUUCACUUUAUUUUUCCUGUUUUGUUUUUUUUUAAACCUCUGUAUGUUGCUUUGGGCCUACUCACAGUUUUGCUUUCCUUUCUACUGAGUCUCAUUACCUGCUUACACCUAGGAAUGUGGGAAAACAGGAUGAUUUAUAAAAUUAUUUUUGUUUCAUAAAUCACAUGGUGAUUUAAAUAAAAUUGUAUCCUACUGUAGCGCUGUGAGAAUACAAUAAUGACUUUGCUGGUCAAUUAUAUAGGGAUAGGUUACUAUUUCUUUAAAUACAGCAUUUGAUAUUAUAUGGACAGAAGGUUAUAGUUUCUCUGAAUAGAAGAAUUGAGGGUAAUAAGGUUAUAUUUUACUAGGAUUAUUAUGGUUUAUUUUGUGUGUUGUACUUAAGCCUGUCCAAUAAUAAAAUGCAAUAGAUUUCAA